CUUAAAUAAAUGAUACAGGCGGGUCUCUUCAUGUGAAAACUGGCGCUCCCGGUAUCUGACGGUCACGUCUUCGGUCUUUAACACCACGUGUCAUUCACCCAUGUCGUCCGUUCAACAACCCUUUUUUCUAUUUUUUUCUCUCUAUAUAUAAACCAAUCCCAAGUUCCCAACGUCCUCCAUUUACACACUCUUUACAUUUCUUACCAAACUCAUAAAAAAAAUUAGUUUUCUCUCCAAAUCCUCAGAAACAAAUAUUUCCAACUUCUUUUCCUUUUUCUCCCACACGACAAGGAAAUUUAAAACCCUCAUAAUUCCUUGACCAAAGAAAAAUAUAAAACCUUCCAACUGCUGCCCAGCUCAAAUUAUUAUUCUUUUGUGUUAUCUUGUAAACAAUAUGGUUAUAGCUACAGAAACCACCAGUUCUAGUAGUAGUAGUCAUCACCGGAGACUCACUUUCGCCGCCUUCUUAAACUCCGAUCCCGCUGCCGAAGAAGAAGAACAACGGAGCCAUGGCGUUGAUCAUGAUGUCAUCAAUCCCACUACUACUAGCAACAACAACAAAAUGAACAAGGAUGUCCAUUAUUACCAACAACGCCAAAGCAAUGCUUCGACUACUAGCGGCGAGUCGUCUCCUAAUCAGGUUCUGUCCCCAUGGAAUCAAUCUUACUCUCCUUACUACACCGACACCACAACGACUCCGUCCAUGUCUCCCUCCCCGUGGAACCAAACUUACUCUCCCUACUACAAGUCUCCUUGGAUCUACCAGACUCGAAACAUGGAUGCUGAUACCGACAACGGUUUGAUCGGUACGAUCGUCAGACAAGACGGUCAUGUCUACUCGUUAGCUGCUUCGGGAGAUCUCUUAUUCACCGGAUCCGAUUCCAAGAAUAUUCGUGUUUGGAAAGAUCUCAAGGACUUCACCGGGUUUAAAUCAACAAGCGGAUUGGUCAAAGCCAUUGUGAUAACCGGAGAUAACCGGAUUUUCACCGGUCAUCAAGACGGUAAAAUCCGGGUUUGGAGAGGUUCUAAAAGAAGAACCGGGAGCUAUUCACGAGUCGGGAGCUUGCCGACGUUGAAGGAGUUUUUGACAAAGUCAGUGAACCCGAAGAACUACGUCGAGGUUCGUCGCCGGAAAAAUGUUCUCAAGAUUCGUCAUUACGACGCCGUUUCGUGUCUUAGCUUGAACGAAGAGCUCGGUUUACUCUACUCCGGCUCGUGGGACAAGACUCUCAAAGUCUGGAGAUUAUCUGAUUCGAAAUGUCUUGAAUCCAUUCAAGCUCACGACGACGCCAUCAAUACGGUGGCUACUGGUUUCGACGAUUUGCUAUUCACCGGAUCCGCCGACGGAACUUUGAAAGUGUGGAAACGUGAGCUUCAAGGCAAAGGGACGAAACAUUUCCUGGUUAAUGUGUUGAUGAAGCAAGAGAACGCUGUAACGGCCUUAGCGGUUAAUUUAACAGCGGCGGUAGUUUACUGUGGUUCUUCUGACGGCACCGUUAAUUUCUGGGAAGGGCAAAAAUUUCUUUCACACGGCGGAACUCUACGCGGCCACCGUAUGGCGGUGCUCUGCCUCGCCGCCGCCGGGAGUCUGGUUUUAAGCGGCGGAGCUGAUAAGAACAUUUGCGUGUGGAGGAGAAACGUCGAUGCGACGCACUCGUGUCUCUCCGUCUUGAUGGACCACGUGGGACCUGUGAAGUGUUUGACGGCGGUGGAAGAGACGGAGGAGGAAGGCGGCGGUGAGAAUGGAGAUCAGAAAUGGAUAGUGUAUAGCGGAAGCUUGGACAAAUCUGUGAAAGUCUGGCGCGUGAAGGAGACGGCGUCUACAGUUAGUGGCUGAGAUGUGUUUAGAGGGAGGAGAGAGCACGCGCCGCCUUAAACGCGUGAAGAUAUGGAGUAUGGUAAAGGGGAAUGUUCCGCGGCCCAUGUGAUUCCUGCCGUUGUGGUCAAGACAAAGAUUUUUUUUAUGGCCGGCUAAAAGAAGCAGUUCACACAACCAAUAGGAAACUGCCACGUCAUGAAAAGUAUCUAAAAGGCGUUUUAGAAAGUUCCUCUAGUUUAUUCGAUCUUCUUGUAAACUGCACAUACUUAUUUUGAGUUACGUUUUAGAAAAACAUUGUUUCAUUGUAUUGAAUCAUUUGUUUAUUUAUUAAUUCUUACUGAAAUUCGUUUAAUA